AUGCGAACUGCGGUGCUUCUACUCCUAGUUUCUUUAGUUAUCGCCGAUGAUUGCGGCUUUUUUGAGUGUACCUGCAACGGAGACAGAAAGAAUAUGCAAACAUUUGACUUCUACACAGACGACACACGUAAAGCCAUCAAAUACGAAAAGAAUUCCAAAUACUACGACAACACGAAGUGCGAAGGGGAUCCUAUAUAUGUUGUUGAUAGCACUUACACUCUGGCGUAUAUCUCGGAGUGGAACAGUAUGCUUUGUUAUUCUCCUGAACACAAGACACGAGCACCUACAACCGCACCAUCUCUACCAACAUGCUUGUUUUGAAUACACAAGCCGCCAUUACGCAGUUGAAGUGCACGGGCGUGCAAGUUGGCGCUACGAUCGACCUUCUUAAUAAAGAAGAUCUGCAGAAGUGUGAUGCUGAUCAACUCUCCCACAUCAUCGAAAACUACAGCAAUGAUCUGUUCAAUCUCACGAUCAUCAACGUCCAGCUGAACAAUCCCGACAACGAAGCGCAAAUCUGUGAGAUGACCAAUGUCAACAACUGCCAUGCUAUUUAUCCUCGUAUCGCCCGCUUUUCCCUUCCUCCUUCCUAGAUCGUUUCAUUCUCUACUUCAUGUACACUUGCUGCGUGGUGAUCGUGUGUGGGGUAUCUGCGGUUUACAUCAUCCUCUACAACCGGAAGCCGACUCUUCCUAUCACCAAUCCCACGCCAAGCGCUCCUUCCAAUGCCGCUCCCAGCGCUCCUUCCAACCCCGCUCCCAGCGCUCCUUCCAACCCCGCUGCCGACCAGCAGACCGAAGAGAAGCCGGAAGACAACAGCUCGGAGGAGAAGAAGGAGCCGAUCGCCACGCCGCAGGGGGCUCCGAGUGCGAAUUAGGGUUUAGUGG